AUGGUCUGUAAUAUUCAAGGACUAUCAUUGUUGGGAACAACCAAGCUGCAGACCGCAGCAGUAGUGUCGUCAGUGGAAUGUGCAGCGUGUUCGUCUUUAAUUUUUUUUGUUUUUGAAUAAUACUUACGCGUUAUCUUUUAUCUAUACGUGAUGUCCCGCUAGUGCAAAACAAUAUUAUUUGUGUGUGUUAUGUGAAUUUAUCAAUUUUUUUUAAAUCACAAUCAAUUCAAUAAUGCCUAAAAGAGUGUAUGAUAUCUUUACUGUUCAAAAAUAAAAAUUAGUUGUUACUGAUUCCCCAUCGACGACAACACUGAAAUCUGAAUGUAAACAAUUCAAUGUUGGUUUAUUAAUGCCUCGUUUACAUUCAGCCCAUUUCCGUAGCAGUGGGCAGAGUAGACAGCAUGGAAGUGGGCAGCGCGAGUAUGUAAACAUGUCACUCGCGCUGACCACGCUCCUUGCUUUGUCGCUGUUCGACGCUCCCGUCAACAGCGGUAAAUCGAGCAGCGCGUGCGGCGACCUGACCGGCACGUAUAAGUUUGCACCAAUUAGCAGGGCAAUGUAA